CACAGCAAACGCGUUUAGUGCCCGUUGCUUGUGCAGUCACGAGCUACGUCCGGGAAUACGGACCGUAAGAUCUGGCACCUACAUUAUUGAAGACCACGCAUUGAAUACAUUCAAUCCGUGAACCGUUAUUUUCACUAUCUAGCUGUUGUCGUUAAAGAACAUUACUUGAUUGCAUGAUCACGGUCCUGUGGGUGAUGUACUCCAAUAUUUGACAUUGCUAGCUAGCUAGCUAGCUAGCUGUUUAGCUAGCUUGCCUUGCGUGACUCAUGUUCAGUGAUCUAGAGUGAUAGGUUGUUAUUUUGACAUUUCUUUUGCUACCUUGUGAAAUUACGUGCAUUAGAGGAAGAAUCUAUCUACAGUGACAUUUCGCUCCCGUCUUAUAUUAAACUGAGAUACAUUUAGAUGCGCGUGUUGACGUUUAGUCGGUGAAACGCAAAUAGGCAGGUUUGAAUGAAUUAGCCAACGGAAACAGCAGCUAGCUACCCGUCGCAGCUAUCGUUAAACUAAACCAAUAGUUAGCUAGCCACCUCAGCAGGCAGCGCUGCAGCCACAGAAUAUACGUUCGCUUGAGCUAGCUAAUCUAGCUUGCUAGCGUUAACCUUUUACGAGUUAGUUAGCCAGCUAUUAUUAGAUAUUAGCUAACAUUGUACGUCCAAUACGAUAAUUCAUAUAGGUUAGGUUGCAAGCCAACAUUAUAUUGAAAUCAACGAGCUAAAUAACACACGAGCGCAUCACUACAUUUACAUUUUCUCUGCGAUUGAAACGGGAGUGAACCGAAAAUGCCGGCUGUGUCGAAGGGAGAUGGAAUGCGAGGAUUAGCGGUGUUCAUUUCGGACAUCAGGAAUUGUAAGAGCAAAGAAGCUGAGAUCAAGCGCAUCAACAAGGAGCUGGCCAACAUCCGCUCCAAGUUCAAGGGUGACAAAGCUCUGGAUGGCUACAGCAAGAAGAAGUAUGUCUGCAAGCUGCUGUUCAUCUUUCUUCUGGGUCAUGACAUCGAUUUCGGACAUAUGGAGGCGGUCAACCUGCUCAGCUCCAACAAGUACACCGAAAAGCAGAUUGGUUAUCUGUUCAUCUCAGUCUUGGUGAACAGCAACAGUGAGCUGAUCCGGCUGAUAAACAACGCCAUUAAGAAUGACCUGUCCAGCAGGAACCCCACCUUCAUGUGUCUGGCUCUCCACUGCAUUGCCAACGUUGGUAGCCGCGAGAUGGCCGAGGCCUUCGCUGGAGAGAUCCCACGCAUCCUGGUGGCAGGGGACACCAUGGACAGUGUGAAGCAGUCAGCGGCCCUGUGUCUGCUGCGUCUCUACAAGACUUGCCCUGACCUGGUGCUCAUGGGCGAGUGGACCUCCAGAGUGGUGCACCUGCUCAACGACCAGCACAUGGGUGUGGUUACUGCAGCCAUCUCCCUCAUCACCUGCCUCAGUCAGAAGAACCCAGAUGAGUUUAAGACCUGCGUAUCCCUGGCUGUAUCCCGUCUCAGCAGGAUUGUGUCGUCAGCCUCCACUGACCUACAGGACUACACCUAUUACUUUGUGCCAGCGCCCUGGCUCUCCUGUAAGCUGCUGCGCCUGCUGCAGUGCUACCCCCCACCAGAGGAUGGCGCUGUCAAAGGCCGGCUGGUGGAGUGCCUGGAGACCAUUCUGAACAAAGCCCAGGAGCCGCCCAAGUCCAAGAAGGUCCAGCACUCCAACGCCAAAAACGCCAUUCUCUUUGAGGCCAUUGCGCUCAUCAUCCACUAUGACAGUGAGCCCAAUCUGCUGGUGCGCGCCUGUAACCAGCUGGGCCAGUUCCUGCAGCACAGAGAGACCAACCUGCGCUACCUGGCUCUGGAGAGCAUGUGCACGCUGGCCAGCUCCGAGUUCUCCCACGAGGCCGUCAAGACGCACAUCGAAACAGUCAUCAACGCGCUCAAGACUGAGAGGGAUGUGAGUGUGCGCCAGAGGGCUGCUGACCUCCUCUACGCCAUGUGUGACCGUAGCAACGCCAAACAGAUUGUUGCCGAGAUGCUGAGUUACCUGGAGACAGCCGACUAUUCCAUCAGAGAAGAAAUGGUGCUGAAGGUGGCCAUCCUGGCUGAGAAGUAUGCUGUGGACUACUCCUGGUAUGUGGACACCAUCCUCAACCUGAUCCGCAUCGCAGGAGACUAUGUCAGCGAGGAGGUCUGGUACCGUGUCAUCCAGAUCGUCAUCAACCGGGAUGACGUGCAGGGCUACGCUGCCAAGACCGUCUUUGAGGCGCUCCAGGCACCAGCCUGCCACGAGAACAUGGUGAAGGUCGGAGGUUACAUCCUGGGAGAGUUUGGCAACCUCAUCGCUGGUGACCCCCGGUCUAGCCCCCUAGUGCAGUUCAACCUGCUGCACUCAAAGUUCCACCUGUGCUCAGUCCCCACACGGGCUCUCCUGCUGUCGGCCUACAUCAAGUUCAUCAACCUGUUCCCAGAGACCAAGAGCACCAUCCAGGAGGUGCUGCGCUGCGACAGCCAGAUCCGCAACAGCGACGUGGAGCUGCAGCAGCGGGCCGUCGAGUACCUCAAGCUGUCCUCCAUCGCCAGCACCGACGUUCUGGCCACCGUUCUGGAGGAGAUGCCUCCGUUCCCUGAGAGAGAGUCGUCCAUCCUGGCCAAGCUGAAGAAGAAGAAGGGGCCGGGGGCCGUGUCCGUGGAGCUGGAGGAUGGGAAGAGAGAGGGAGGAGAACUGAACGGAGGAGGAGAGAGGGGAGACACCCCUGCUAUGUCUGCUUCCAACGCCUCCACGCCCUCUCCAUCAGCUGACCUGCUGGGUCUCCGCCCGGCGCCUGCGGUUGGCUCAGCCCCUCCCAGCGUUGGCAGCCUAUUGGUGGAUGUGUUUUCAGAGGGACCGGCAGCAGCCAGUGCGGGUGUCAAUGACGACGGCUUCCUGAGUGGCAGAGAUCUGGAACAACCCCCUGAGACCUCUGACGCCCUAUUGGCUGAGGGUCCUGGUGACUCGGAUUCUGCCCCUCCCCCUGCUGCCUCUGAGGAGCCUGCUCCCCCUCUUCCUGAAGCAGAAGAUCUGCUCAACAAGUUUGUGUGUAAGAAUAAUGGAGUCCUGUUUGAGAACCAGCUGCUGCAGAUUGGAAUCAAGUCUGAGUAUCGCCAGAACCUGGGGAGAAUGUACUUGUUCUAUGGCAAUAAGACUUCAGUGCAGUUUGUCAGUUUUUCCACUGCAGUCUCCUGCCCAGGUGAACUGCCGACUCAGCUGAAUUUGCAGACUAAAACAGUGGAGCCUCUGAUAGAGGGCGGGGCCCAGGUGCAGCAGGUUGUCAACAUUGAGUGUCUGACUGAUUUCAUUGAUGCACCGCUCCUCAACAUUAAGUUCAGGUAUGGAGGAGCCCUGCAGAAUAUCACCCUCAAGCUUCCCGUCACCAUCAACAAGUUCUUCCAGCCCACUGAGAUGGUAUCACAGGAGUUCUUUCAGCGCUGGAAACAGCUCAGCCAGCCCCAGCAAGAGGCCCAGAAGAUCUUUAAAUCAGGCCACGGCAUUGACACAGAAGUGGUUAAAGCAAAGCUGCUGGGCCUUGGGACCGCCCUGCUGGAGAACGUGGACCCCAACCCAGAAAACUUUGUGUGUGCUGGUGUCAUCCAGACCAAGGGCCAGCAGGUGGGCUGCCUACUCAGACUGGAGCCCAACGCCCAAGCCCAGCCUGGGGAGCAGAUGUACCGGCUGACUCUUCGCAGCAGUAAGGACACCGUCUCCAAACGUAUUUGUGAUCUGCUGUCGGAACAGUUCUAGAGUCUUCUCCUCCUCGAAUCCAUGCCUAGACCAUCACCUUCCUAGAGCCCUCACGCUGACCAGCGUUCUACUUUCCAGAACCCUGAACAAAGAAAAAUCUUCAGAAGCAUUCGUACAUAAGGGAAAAAAAAACACAGCCGGCGUUCUGCGUCGGCCAUAUAACUGUCCUAAUUACAAUUAUUAUGAUUAUUAUUAUUAUUACUGUUAUCAUCAGCGCUACAGUUCUUGUUUUUAUUGGUGUUUACGUGUGUGUGUGUGUGUGUGUGUGUGUGUGCACGUGUGUGCACGUGUGUGCACGCACGCACGUGUGCGUGUUUGAGUCAGAGAGUGUGUGUUAGUUGGCAUGAGUGUGAGUGAGCGGGUGUGUGUGGUACAGAAUUGUGGUGAUUUGUUGUGUUCUCCGUCCGGACUGGUGACUGGUGACUGAAGCGUGCGUUGUGCUUGUGUUGGCAGCUGGUGCGAGCGUAGUGCUGGGAGGGGGAGUGGGUGUGGAGUGGUUGACGUGCACUAACAUUUCAACUUCAGAGAGCAUUCCUGUGAAGUGUUUGCAUACACCAGACACGCACCAACACACCUCCCGUAACAUUCCUUGAGCGCCAUGGAUAGGAGGAUGCACCAAACCCCUUCCCCUACUCGCUCACAUGCACAAAUCUGAGGAAAUGUACAGAUGAAGUAGAAAUACACCAAGGCAGAAACUUGCCCCUUUACAGCCCAACCACCCCCCUUUCCAAUCUUCCCAGUACAACCUCUGACUUUAGUGCUCUCUGCUCUGACUACACACACACACACACACACAGCAUGUAUCACUGCAAAGAUUCCAAAUCAACAUUCCCAUAUUCCCAAGCGCAGGAGAGCAGGCUUAGUGCACUUUAUCGAGGCUCAGGCAGGGGAGUGAUCAUGCACCCUUCAUUGACCCUUCAUUGACCCCUCACGUGGGCUCACCAUUUCUACCCCCCUGAUUACUGAUGAGAUGAGUCCAGAGUUUGGGAGUGGUUGUAGCGUGUGUAUGUGUGUGUUGUUUUUUGUUUGGUUUGUUUGUUUUUUUUUUUUUUUUUUUGUAUUUACUUGUCUAUUUUGUCUCAUCUCAAUGCUGAUGUUAGUGGUGUGUUAACUUGAAGCUUGUUGCCCCAUUUCAUUGUUUUGUACAUUUCAUGAUUUCACGGUGUGGUUUAAAUGUUAGGGUUGUGUCCAGAUGUCCAGUUCUCUUCUGUUAGAGGAGAGAUGGAUGAUCGGACCACAGGGCAGCGGGAGGGAGAUGAGAAUGUCCUUCGUCUAUCCAUUUAUCUGCCUGCACGUGAAGAAUGCAGCAGAGUAUUCUUAUGUAAACAAACACACACACACACUACAGAGAUCUGCGGUGAAACAUCAGCCCUCUGCUCUUGCGGUCAGAUAAAUAAAUAAAUAAAUACAUACAUACAUACAUACAUACAUACAUACACACACACACACACAACACAACACACGGGACUAAAGCCAGAAUUGUGUAUUGAGUUGUGGUGAGGUUGUGUCAGAUGUUCCACAGCACCUGUUUGAGCACUUAUCAUGUGAACAUGUUUAAAUAUGCGAGUGCUCUGAUGCACACACACUAGUCUAAGAUAACACACAAGUCAUCAAUGCAUACACACAUCUUAGAUAGCAGAAAAAAAAGCAAAGAAAGAUUAGGACCAAACCAGCUGCCAACAGUCAACCGCAACGCCAGGGAUCAUCUUGCUUUGGUUCAGCAUUAGGUGUGUAUGUGUGGGAUGAGUGUGACUGUACCAUAUUAUAAGAAAAAAAAAAAUCUAAUGAAGUUUAUGGGACGCUGUCAUAUAUGUUGAAUAAGGAGUCACUAUGCUUCCCUUGAUGCAACUUAGCAUUCAGUGGGACUAUGUCAUUGUAGUUGAAUUUGAAUCAUUGUCAUAUUUGUGUGUGCGUGAGCGUGUCUGUGCAGUAUCCGCUAGCUAAUACAGCCCCAGUGUAUCGGUGUUGAACCUGUCAGAUACCUGUGUUAGAUUCCAAUUUACUCUGUACUGAAAAAUGUGAAAGUAAAACUAUGCCAUAUAUUCA